UUUUCCAUAAUCGAAACACUGGAGGAAACCUUACCGAGAGAGUGAAACAUGGCAGCGGAUAGGGAUAGCGACGAUUUAAUCAAUGAAAACCUCAUCGAAAGCUUUAGAUUGCGGUUGCGAACUUAUGUCGCAGUGGAUCCUGUGCUGGACCAUCUUCAUUUCCUCGAUGCCGAGCAGAAGGAACGUGUCAGACAAAGAGCCAGGACCGACGGCGACUCGGCGGCGGUGGACGUCCUAAUAGACGCCGUCCUCCGCAAACCGCACCCGGUAGGCUGGUUCCAGGCCUUCGUGGACGCCUUGUCCAACGCGGAAUGUAAACACGCGGCCGACUACAUGCGGGGAAAGUUACCUGACCCCAAGGUAGAGGCUGAAAACGAUGACUGUAUGAGAAUGAUUGACAUUCUGGUUCCCAGUCUGUUGGACAUGAGCACUAAAGAGGUGUGCACUCAUUGUUUUUCACACGAACUCAUCAGCAAGGAUGACCGCGACAAAAUCACUCACCUAGCAGACAACCAAGGACUCAGAGAUGCGGCUCGCGAACUUCUGAAAAGAAUUGUGAGGUGUCCCCCUGGAUGGUACUCUAAAUUUAUCAAAAUUCUGCAAGACACUGAGCACCAGAAAUUGUAUGAUUUGCUGGGAGGGUCAUCAGACAGCAGUAUCACAGAUGAGAGUACGAAAAGUAACCCAGUGAAGGAGAGUCAAGAAAGUUCUACUAACCAACAGCAUUUAGACCACAAGGACACUGGGGAUGACACCAUAGAACUGUACCGUAGUGAAAGCUCAUGCAAAGAUGCCACACAACAGUCAAGCGGCAAUGCAGAGCAGUUGCCACAAGAAGUGCGUGACUCGGACGCAGCUGCUGGAGGCCCAGAUAAAGCUGAUAUUGUUCUUCGAGACUAUCAGAUGGACGUGGCUAAACCUGCCUUGGAGGGGGAAAAUAUCAUCAUAUGCCUCCCGACUGGAAGUGGUAAAACCAGGGUAGCAGUUUACAUUGCCCGCCAACAUCUGGACGACAGGAGGGCAAAGGGGAAAACAGGCAAAGUGGUCAUCCUUGUGAACACGAUUCCUCUUGUUGAGCAGCAUUACAGCACAGAGUUCCAUCGCUUUCUGAAGCAGGCUUAUAAAGUGGAAAGAGUCAGUGGAAAAUCCAUGCUGAAAAUCUCCUUCACAGAUAUUGUGAAGAAAAAUGACGUCAUCAUAUGCACAGCCCAGAUUCUGGAAAAUUGCUUAGAGGAGUCUCUUCAAGGAGAAGAUAAGGGAUUGCAUCUGAAGGAUAUCACUCUAAUGAUAAUUGACGAGUGUCAUCACACUAAGAAGGGUGAAGUCUAUAACCGGGUGAUGAUGCAUUACCUGAAACUGAAGAACAAGAACAGGUUGUUGAAGAAGGAGCAGAAGGAGACUGUGCCGCUUCCUCAGAUACUGGGCCUGACUGCCUCAAUCGGGGUAGGCGACGCCACUAAACUGGAAUCUGCGGUGAAAAACAUUUUGCAGAUUUGCGCCAGCUUGGAUGCUUCCCAAAUUCGGACUGGGAAUCUUGGGGUUUAUAGCAAUGAACCAGACAAACAAAUAGUUCUGGUUGAGGACAAAGAAAUGGACCCGUUUGGUGAUGUAAUCAAGAGAAUCAUGCGUAUUAUCCAAGAUGACGUUAAACUGAGCCCCACCUGUGAGCUUGGCUCUCAAAACUAUGAACAAUGGGUGGUCCAAUGCGAGCAACAAGCCGCCAAAGAGGAGGCUCAGGAAGUGCGAGUUUGUGUGGCCCAUCUUCGUUGGUACAAUGACGCACUGAUGCUCAGUAACACCAUUCGCAUGCGUGAUGCCUUCAGUUUCCUGAAUAAAAAAUACGAAGAAGAGUUGAAGAGUAAAACAUGCCCUGAAGAGGAUCAUGUCAUAAACAUCACUGAAACUGAGAGAAAGCUCUUCAAUUUAUUCAGAGACAACAAAAACGAGCUUGAGAAGCUUUCGGAGAACCAGUCCUAUGAAAAUGACAGCCUGUCAAAACUUCGGAAAGGUAUUCUGUACGAGUUUAGCACCAGGCCCAAGGCCAGGGGGAUCAUUUUUACCAAAUCUCGACAAAGCGCCAUAGCUCUCAGUCACUGGAUUCAGGAGAAUGACAAGUUUGACGACAUUGGAGUGAAAGCAUCCUAUCUCAUUGGAAGCGGAGACCAGAGUCUUGUCAAGCCAAUGACCCCUGCAGAGCAAAAGGAUGUGUUGAACAGAUUCCGCAACGGAGCUGUCAACUUGCUUGUUGCCACCUCAGUGGCAGAGGAAGGUUUGGACAUACCGGCCUGCAACUUUGUCAUCUGCUACGGCCGUGUGACCAAUGAGAUUGCCAUGAUACAGUCUCAAGGCAGAGCUCGUGCUAAGGACAGCAGUUACAUCGUGAUUGAGGUCAAAGGCUCCGGGGUGACUGAGAAGGAGAGCGUCAACGAGUACCGAAAGGAUUUAAUGACCAAAGCCAUUGCCAAAAUCUGUGCCUUAGAUCCUGCCGAUUAUAACAACAGGAUCGAAGAAUUUCAACUUCAGGCUAUUCUUGAGGAGAGGGUCAAAAUGGCAACUAAGAAAAAGACUAAGUCUGAGGAUCCAUUAGGGGUGAAGUUAAGUUGCCGAAGUUGCAGCACGUUUGUUGGCACUGGUGAUGACAUCCAAAUCAUUGAAGGAAUGCACCACGUCAACUUGUCAUCACAGUUUAGCGAACUUUAUAUCCAGAAAGAAAACACUUCUCUUCAAGAACGGCUUCUUGACUAUGAAACUAAUGGGUCCAUAGCAUGCAAGAAGUGCGGACAGAAGUGGGGCGCUAUGAUGUCAUACCGAGGAAUUGAUUGCCCCUGCCUGCUUGUGAAAAACUUCGUUGUACAAAUCAAGGACAAGAAGUUCAGCAAUUUCACCAAGUGGAAGGAAAUCCCCACCAGGUUCCAGGCAUUCAACUACAUCGAGCAUGCUAGCCACUUGACGGAUGAAAUCGCAACACUUUGAACAAUUUUAGUCAUGAAACAAUACACUAAUCAAACCGCUUUUUGGGAUUCCUUUGCUUAAAUUGCUUUUAUUUCGACAUCUCUUUCCGUCUGUUUUACUUCAAAAGACUUGGGCUGUUAUAUUUUAAAGGACUUGGGCUGCAAACCUGGGUAAUAUGGAUUUUAAAAGUAGUCUCACUGUUCAUCAAGUAUAGCCCUCUAUGAAAGGAGAUGCUGUCAGUUUUAAAAAGUGUGUUAUUAAAAUACCCUGUAGGCAUGAUUUAAUAUUCUACAGAAAAAAAAAAUCUAUAGCGUCAUGAAAAAAGUAGGGUUGGGAAUCUCUGGCAUGAAGCCGAUUCAGUAUGUAUCAAGAUACACAGGUUACGAUUCGAUUAAAAAACGAUACAUUUUUUAGGCCGAGCGAUUCGAUACGAUUCGAUACAGUUUAAGAACGAUACGGUUCGAUACAGAGUGAAAACGAUACGAUAGUAAACAUUCGUUGUGUGUGUUCGUACAGUAUUUUAAACAUAAAAAAAGAUUAAAGAUUAAAUUAAACAACACAAUUUCAUACCAAUGUUAUAUUGUUGUUUUUUUUUGUUUUUUUUUAAUGGAAAAAAAAUAAUCAAGCUUACUAUAUGACCGUCAUUUUGUUGGAUGGGAUUGAUAGUAAAAUAUAAGGCCAGUGACAGACAACAAUAAAGUGCACUAAUUUAAUUCCUGUAUUUCCUGGUGUUUUGAACACAAUAGGUAAGUAAUUUAAGUGCAAACUUUCAACAUAAACAUCUUACAAGCAAAAAAACGUUAAUUAUAUGGAGCAGCUCUAGGGAAAAAAAAUUAAACCUGCUAGUGUUAUCAUAAAUAAAAAUAAUAAAUUAUGCUUUUUCACUGGUAUAACUGGGGGAAUGAAAACAUGGCAUUUUAGACAGACAGGUCUUUAAUCAUUACUUUAACCUUAUACACAGAAAAGUCAUUCACUUAUGCCUGUGCUUCCACAUUUUUUUAUUCCUUAUCACUCUCUAUAUCUUUUCUGAAGGGCAGAUUUUUCUUGAGGAAGAUCAACUGAUCCACAUGUUCAUGUUUAAGUACACUGCGUUUCGUGGAAACAAUAUGCCGCCCUUUCCACCAUUGUAGUGGGUUAAUUUUUAGGGUUAAAAACUCACGAUCGCUGUACCGCUUCAUACUAGCUCUGUCCCAUGCGAACAGAUCUGGCUGCCUUCGUCACUUUGAAGUCCGACUUUUGUUUUCCCGGGUGCGUUGAAAAUCAAUCCCUGCACGCCACUGGCGUGGUGCGCAAACUGUCCAUUGUUUUAGCAUGUUGCUUCGUUGCCGUUACUAGUUUCGUUUUCGGCUGUGAAGAAAACGCUACGGAACGUGCGUUGCAGUGGUUUUGUUAGCUCUCGCGUUGUUCUGACAUGCCAGUGACGAUCGGGUAAUGACGGUGACUACUAGUGGUUCUGCCGAAAUGAAUGGGAAGUUGAGGCAACCACGACGGCGGUCACAAUCUAAGUGCGCUGUGUGGUGAAUGACUCAAGCGCAGCAUGUGAGGUAAAAGCUAAAUUAUCAUCUUAUUAGGGCUGCAGCUAUCGAAUAUUUUAGUAAUCGAGUAAUCGACUGAAAAUUCUGUCGAUUAAUCGAGUAAUCGGAUAAAACAAAUACAUUUUUAGGUGAAGAGCAAUUAUAAAUACACAUGAGAAAACAAGACAUUUCAUCUAAUCUUGAACCAUUUUCAGUCAAUCAAUGUCUAUAUUUUCGAUGUAUAUUGUUGAAAACAGCCAACAAUUGCAUCUCAGAUGUAGCUAGAAUUAAAAAAAAAAAAAAAAAAACUAAUUCACUGCUUUCACUCAAAAAACUUUAAGAUCUUAUUUAAAAAAAAAAAAAAAAAAAAAAUAUAUAUAUAUAUAUAUAUAUAUAUAUAUAUAUUACCUAAAAAUGCCGUUACGCUUGAUAACACACAUCACUUAAAAGUUAGGAUUUUUUCCCACGUGUUUCAAUUGAAUUUCUCUUUGUGUCAAGCCAUUUUUAAGUUCUAGUUAAGUUUUAAGUUAGUCUAAACUGUAAGUCCUGAUAGAAUUUUGAGUUUUUGCAGUGUUCAAAAUAAAUGUAUGAUACAGGCUGUACUGGAGCACAUUAGGGACCAUUGCUACUUGGUGUUUUAUCCAGCAAUGACUACUGAGCUAAAAUUGAUAGUUAGCAUGAUAAAGUUUUUAUUUUACACCCUCAUCACUCCACAUUGCUAUGUUAUGUUAAAGCCUGUAUGUAAGACACGUUAGCCACGCAUCGACAGUGGUCAUAAUUAAUUGAAACCUAGCCCCCCGCAGGGCUAACUUUACGUGAGCUAGUAGCGACAGUAACGUUAAUCUUAUUUAUUAGGGCUUAGCGCUCUUUACUAUCGCUUAGCGCUGUACUGCUUUAAGAUGGCGGCUGUUUAAUAACGCUGCCCAGACGCGGCCGAGUCUGUCAUUGCGCAUCUAGUUCAACAUACAUGUGAUCUUUAUGAGACGCAUCAGACGCUAGCUGUUACCUACGUACCAUCGUGCGGGCUAGUAUUUGGCAACGUCGGCGUCGUUUGUGGCGGCUGUCAGCUGCAGUAAGUUUUUUUUUUUUUCCUUCUUCCUCCCCGCACGUGACAGCGCGUUGUCCCGCAUUAAAAGUAGUCCGAGCAAAACGUGAUGCUUAGAGCUGUCAAAAUAAACGAUUACUCAAGGUGAAUAAAAUUACUCGGAUCAGUUUUUAAACUCGAGUUACUCGAGUUGCUCGAGUACUCGUUUCAGCUCUACAUCUUAUUAAGCAAUACAUUGAACUAGGCAGUAGAAGCCGAUUCUUGUGCUCGCGAUAGCCGAAUUCUAUCUCUACUAUCAGUUCAUUGAAUAUUUAAUGGUUAAUUAUUGUCUAAUGGUAACUUUACUAUCGAUACAGUCUCUCACCUGUAAAACUGCAUAUCCGAUCGUAUCGGUUUAUCGUUCUCAAGCUUAGAAAAAAGCACCGUUAUUCUGCCACAUAUGGCAGGUUUUAGUGAUAUUAGAAUUUUUAUGUUCCAUAUUUAUUUUUAAUGACCACCUGUUAACUGUUGGCGACAUCUUGCAAUAACGUAUUUAUAAAUGCUCUAAAAACCCAGAAUUAGAUAUUUUAGAUUUUUUUUUUUUUUUUUUUU